CCAAAAAAAAAAAAAAAAAAAACACCACGCACACUCCACAGAAGAAGGAGAAAGGAAAAUCUCAAUCACUGAGCAAGAAACAAUAACAAUGGCUUUUGAGUGUGCAUUCACAGAGGAAGAAAUGGCUGUCAACGACAGCGUGGGGUACCCGAAAGUCUACGCGAAACUCUGCCGUGACCGCCGUGUUAGUCCCUACAGCCGUGGCCCUCCUUUCACUUUCACACCUUACAGUCUGGAGGAAGAUGAGGCUUUGAGAGUAAGGGAUUUAGAUCAGAUGUUCCCAAUUAUCGAUCCAAAAGCUAAACCAACUGUCAAGCCCAAGAUUUUUGUCAGUCUCUUGUGGAAGCAGCUCAACCACCUUGGGAAUGCUGGCUUUGAUCCUGCUGUCAUUCGAGUCGAUCCAUAUGGCAAUGUUCUCUACUAUCAUGCUGAUUCGGCUUCUCCUCUUGCUUGGGAUAUUGAUCAUUGGUUUCCUUGCUCAAGGGGAGGGAUAACUGUUCCAAGCAAUCUGAGAAUAUUGCAGUGGCAAGUCUGCAAGAAGAAGCAUAAUAAGCUGGAAUUUUUAGUCCCAUGGUGGGAAUUUCAACUGGGAAUCUCUGUAAAUCAGUUCUUGUCCUUUUUUGCCUCUAGAAACUCAGAUUUCAGGCACAGAGCAUUCUCAUUUUUGUUCUUUGAAGGUGAAAAUGAAGAAUUGAAUGCUUCCCAGACAGUGGAUUCACAUUUGUUUCCACAACAUUUUAUGGACUCCAAAGAGCAAGUUGGCCUUGCUCCCGCUGCAGUUGUUGUAUCCAGAAGAGAAUCUUAUGACACGUCAUCGGUUUUGAAAUCAUUGGAUUACAAUAGGCCGCUAAGGCUACAGUCUCCUGCAAUUUCUUCAAGGAAAAUAAAGCCUAAUGUCCUGAAAGAAAAUGAGAAUCCGAACUUUGUUACGAACCCCUACCAAGCAAUUGUCAUGGCUAGGGAUUCCCUGAAACAAAGAGAAGAAACUGUAAAGAUGCAGACAGAAAUACAGAAACUAGAUGAUGAAGUAAAUGAACUGAAGGAAAAGAAUGAGGAGGAAAGGCUCACUAUUCAAGACCUAGAAUUGGUGCUUAUAAAACGUAGGAGAAGAGCAGAAAAGUGCAGGCGACUAGCAGAGGCACAGCAUUCGUAUAGGACUAUGCUAGAGAAGAUGAUCAGAGAUGCAAUGCACCAGAGUGUCAUUUAUAAGGAACAGUUGAGACUGAACCAGGCUGCAAGUAAUGCACUCAUGGCAAGACUUGAAGCACAGAAAGCAAUUUGCGAUGCGUCAGAGAAAGAGCUUCACAGGAAAUAUAAACAAAGAGACGAGAUUGAGAAGCAGAUUAGGCCUGAGUGGGAGCACGCAAGGAAGAGAUCAAGAAUGGAUGAUACCUUAUUAGAGGAGAGGGACAGUAAAACUGUCCUUUAUCUUCCGGGAAUCAAGCCAAGGACACCUUUACACAAAGAGCUGAGAGUGUUUCUAGAGGAGGAACAGAAGGCAUCUCAAGCUGGUUUAUCUUCUGGUGAAGAACAAAAGCACGAAGAAAUUCAGGUGCAAGAGACCGAGGAGAAUCCUGAGAAACAUAACAGGUCCAUUAUUGCAUUGGAGGAUGAAACCCCACUAGAGGAUAAACUUCAGAAACUUAACAUUCAACUCACGGUUCCUCGAGAACCAGAAAUAGAGGAAGAUGAAGAGAGCAGGAAGCAGCGUGGCAAAGGGAAUAUAGAGAAAUGGCUCCAAAUGCUUUUAGAGAAUACCCAAGAAGACUUGGACAUUCAAAAUGCAAAUGAAAAUGAAAAGAGUGGGACUGAUGAAAUAAUCAGAAAUCUGAAUCUGAAAUACCCACAGGAGGUAAAGAUUUCCAAAAGUCCAGAACAUGAAGAAGAGGUUCAUGAGGCGAAGCAAAUUGCUGCAGAGAAGGGGGGUGGUGUGAAAAGGAUAGAAGAAAUCAUUGAGAUAGAAGCCAGAAAAACACAGAAAGAAGAGAGUGGUAUUGGUGAAGUAUUUGGAAGUCGUAGUUUUGAAGGGAGGGAAAGAAAGGACCAUAAUGGAAAGGAAAGAAAGCUUGUCAGGUCUGAGAGUGCCAGGACCUUCCGGAGAAUCCCAUCUUCUCCAUCUUUGAUCUUGGGUAUGAGAAAGGGAGUGGACUGCAUAGGCAAGAAGCCUAUGGUAAAUGGUGAUGAUGAUUUUGAUGGCGACCAGGUUGGUGGGAACAGUUUCAUCAUGUCAUCCAUUAAGUCAAUCAAGAAGGCAGUGAAAAUAUGAAACUCUCCUUGCCCUAUGAAUAUGUAAUGUCUUUUUGUUUGUUCUUUUUCUUUUUCUUGAUUGUUUAUUAAAAGAGUGUACUAGCAGUCGCUCCUCAAGCUGAAUAAUUGUGUGAAACUUAGGUAUUCGAUUGUUUUUAAUGUGUAUAACACUGGUUUUAAAAGAUAUAUGUGAUAACGACGGCUUGUUGUUCCCUCUC